GGUGAGGAAAGAUGGCCGCGACCGUGGUGGACUCACGUGUGAGUGCGGGGAAAAAGCUGAAAAAUUCCCUAAAGAAGAAAAAGAAGAUGCAAAGGGUAGCCAGGGCAGUAGCUCCGGAGUUGGAAGAGGAGGGCAAAGACGCUACCGACAGUGGAGAUUCUGUAAGAAGCUGUGGAUCAGAAAACGAUCACUUUCCUUCUGAUGAUGAAGCAGUGGAAGCUGACAAUGAAGACGAGGUUGAACCCUGUGGCGGUGAAAACGGAGAUGCAGCCGAAGCUCGUGCUGGACCUAAUGCGGGCUGGGCGGAUGCCAUGGCCAAAAUUCUUAACAAAAAAACCCCAAGAAGCAAACCCACUAUUCUGGUCAAAAACAGAGAGCUGGAAAAGGAAAAAGAAAGGUUAAAACAAGAGAGACUAGAGAAAAGAAAACAGCUUGAUAAGAAGCGGGAAUGGGAAAUGAUGUGCAGAGUAAAGCCAGAUGUUGUCAAAGACAAAGAAACAGAGAGAAAUCUUCAGAGAAUUGCAACAAGGGGUGUGGUACAGCUAUUCAAUGCCGUUCAGAAGCAUCAGAAGAACGUGGAUGAAAAGGUUAAGGAAGCUGGAAGCUCAAUUAGAAAACGUGCCAAGUUGAUAUCGACUGUUUCCAAGAAAGACUUCAUCAGCGUUCUGAGGGGGAUGGAUGCAAGUACAAGCGAGAAAAGUUUGACUGGAAAGAACCCGAAAGCCAAGCAGACCGAAGGGAGAUCAGAAGAGGGCCCUGGAUGGACGAUCCUCCGAGAUGAUUUCAUGAUGGGAGCAUCCAUGAAAGACUGGGACAAAGAAAGUGACGGUGCGGAUGGCAGCGGACCAGGGUCUGCAAGCGACUCAGACACGUAGGCUGUAGAGGAAGCACCUUUACCGUCGGUGUAUUUUCCUGGAAAAAUGCCUCCUGCUUUCAGAGUUGGGCAUUUCUAAAGCUAUCAUUUGUAAGAAACCCAAAAGACUUUUGUGUUUUUCCUUUUCAUGAAAACUUUGUGAAAAUUAGGUUUUCAGACUAUGUAUAAUUUUAAGCAUUGUUCUCAAAACAUUUGUAAAAAGAAAUAUUUCUGACCCAUCAGCAAGAUGCACAUUUUGCCAGGACAUUUUAAGUUAUACACACUGGUCUGGACAUUGGUGUUUUGCUCCGUGUUUGCCAGUUUCUAGAAACACAAUACUCUUCAUAAUUAAAAAUGAACUCCUUGAAGUUAAUAUGUUUCCACUUCCCAA